UUGAUCAACAGCUCUCACAAAGUAGAAAAAAACUUGUGCAGCCAAGCCCCAGCCCCCUCCAACAUCAUCAUUGAGGGAGAUGGAGCCUUGCAUUUUGUCCAACUCAGUGACUAGCAUGCUCUAAUUGGUAACGCACAUUGAAUGCAAUUGAAAGCCUACACUGGUCCCCUCCAAUGCUCCAAAUUAAACAACCCCCAACUCCAAAUCUAACACACAGUAAAGCAAAUUUUUAAGCACCAUUGUGGCUUAAUUUUUCCUGUCAUUUCCUGCAGCUGUCACAUACUGUUCCCGUUGCUUUGCUCAGCAAUGCCAUGGAGUUCAAUUGUGAGAAAAACCUCUGGAGCUUCAUGGAUGCGGAAAGAAAGAGAAUCAAGUUGCCUCGGAGACUUUCUUUUGGUGGUGACCAGCAACAAUCAUCAGAAACCAACAACAUUCAUUCAGCUUCUUCAGCAAGACCUUCUGUUGCUGCUUCUGAACCAUCAAUUCCUACACGGCCUACGAGCCCUGGGACACCAUGGACACUAUCCCCAGUGCGCACCUCUCCCUCCCAACCCCUUCUUUACCAUUGCAUUGCCUCCCUCCACCGACAUGAAGGUAACAUUUUCUCCAUCACACUAUCAAAAGAUUUUGUAUUCACAGGCUCAGAAAGUAGCCGGAUUCAUGCUUGGAAGCAGCCGGAUUGCACUGAAAUUGGUUACAUAAAGGCUGCUUCAGGUCAAGUUCGAGCCAUCUUGUCCUCAGGGAAAAUGCUAUUCACCACACAUGGUGACUGCAAAGUUCGCAUAUGGGAUGCGUCCACUGCAGAGAAUUUUAGGCCGAAAAAGGUCACAACUCUGCCUCAAAGAAAUCGAUUUUUGUUCUUUUCAAGAAAGAGCAGCCAGCAGCACAAUGAUCACAUCUCUUGCCUAGCUUACAACAAGGAAGACAAGCUGUUGUACACAGGCUCGUGGGACAAAACAGUCAAAGCUUGGAAGAUCAACGAGAGGUGUUGUGUGGAUUCAUUUGUGGCUCAUGAAGGUCAAGUAAAUGGGAUUGUCAUCAACCAAGAAGAUGGUUGUGUUUUCACUUGCUCCUCAGAUGGCUCAGUCAAAAUCUGGAGAAGGGUGUUUGGUGAAAGUUCUCACAUUCUGACCAUGACUCUCAAGUUCCAGCUUUCGCCAGUGAAUGCCUUGGCAUUGAGCUCGUCACCGAACACCACCCUCCUCUACUCUGGCUCAUCAGAUGGGCUUAUAAACUUUUGGGAGAAGGAGAAGAUGUCUGGGAGGUACAACCAUGGAGGGUUUCUGCAAGGUCAUCAUUUUGCUGUUCUUUGCUUGGUAGCCUUAGGAGAAUUAGUCUUCAGUGGCGCCGAGGAUGCAACCAUAAGGGUUUGGAGAAGAGAGGAAGGGAAUUGCUUCCAUUCAUGCAUUUCUGUGAUUGAAGGCCAUCAUGGGCCAGUAAGAUGCUUAGCAGUUUCUUUGGAAACAGAGAAUGUGGUGGGGGUGAAGGGUUUGUUGGUUUAUAGUGCAAGCUUGGACCAAACUUUUAAGGUAUGGAGGGUCAAAGUUUUUCCCACAGAGAAGGUAAACAUGGAUGAGUCCGCCAAAGACCCACAAAGAGAGAUUGUGGAGUGUGAGACAAGUCCAGUGCUGUCACCUUCAUGGGUAGAGAAAAAGCUUCUAGGCAACUAUUUCCAGUAGGAGGCAGGACAAGGACAUGUAAGCUUUGAUCUCUUGCUUAAUUUGUUGAGGUUUUUUUUAAAAAAAUAAAAAAUAAAAAAUAAAAUUUUGAACCAGUCUUAGAUUUGAGAACUGAGGUCCCUCUAUCUUUAAUAAUUCAUCAUUGCAUUAUCUGUAGAA